AACACGUAGAAAAAAGUUAAACCAAUAUUUGAGUCCUAGCUGUGGAGGCAUGAUUGAGUGAAAUCAAAUGGACGCUGGUUUUAAUUGUAUUGAAAGAAACCAAUAAUCACGUAGGUUGGCAGUUGAACAUAAUUGAAUCGUCUCAACUUUUAAUGUGGUGUUAAUGUUUGGAUCGGAUAAUCUCAACUUACCUAAUAGCUAGGAAAGUAAAAUUCAAACAUCACCCGCUACUACUUUUGGCUAUAAAAACCCUCCUACCCUCAAGCCCUAACCAAGACAAUCAGCAAUAGUACUACUACUCCAAGCAAGUAUUUUCCUUACACGUUUGUUUUUCUUGUGAUUAAUCGAUAUGGCUAGCUCAAUGUCCCUUAAACUUGCAUGUGUGGUGGUGUUGUGCAUGGUAGUGGGUGCACCCCUGGCUCAAGGGGCCGUAACCUGUGGUCAAGUCACAAACUCCCUCGCACCCUGCAUUAAUUACUUGAGAGGGAGUGGUGCUGGUGCCGUUCCCCCAGUUUGCUGCAGCGGCAUCAAAUCUCUCAACUCCGCCGCCCAAACAACACCAGACCGGCAAGCAGCUUGCAGAUGCAUCAAAAGUGCGGCCGCCGGCAUUACUGGCAUCAACUUUGGCCUUGCAAGCGGACUCCCAGGCAAGUGCGGUGUCAACAUCCCUUACAAGAUCAGCCCUAGCACUGACUGCAACAGCGUCAAGUGAAGUUUUGGCAUGGAAAGUUCACCAGCUAGUGGAAGCCAAAAUAACGAUAGCUACAGAAUAAAUAUGGAUGUUAAAAUUCCAGAGUUAUGCGUUGUGUACUAUGCCGCUUUAUGCGACUACGUAAUAUAAUCUUUAUCUACAAAUUAGUAUCA